AUGACGGCUACCCAAGACUUAAUAGUGAGGCACUCUCCUGAACAGAUCGACAGCUCUAAAGACCCAGAAAAGACCACACCAGAAAAAGCUUUUAGCUCAUCUCACACGACAGUGACAGCCCCACCUACCAGCCAAGACAGACAACUUGUGAGUCAUACAGCUGCCACUGCUAUUCAACAGAAGACAAUUGAAUGUCUUGCCAAUCCAGAUAAUCUACAAAUGGAACUUGACCAAGCAGUUGUCCCACUUUUUGCAAGUCAUCAACCACUAGACAACGAACAACAAACAAACAAGCAUCAAACUUCAAAGGUUAAAACUUGGAAACGAGUGGGACUUAAAGAGGGAAGGCUGCAAAGGAAUCAUAUUACUUCUCAACUACAACAGGGUACAACCACUUCUGAAAGACAAAGAGAAGACAAAGCUCCCACUAAGGUCUGA